CUCGCAUCACAACCAAGAUGGCGGCGGAGCGGACAGCCGGCUCGGCACAGUGACUGACAGAUAGAGAAGAGAGAAGAAGCCUCGCUCGGUUGGACAGCUAACGGUUAGACUCUUAGAGAGAGAAAAACAAAAACAAAAACAACACCGGCGCAGGUCGUCCUCACCUUUUCUUUUCCCCCGACGGCGCUGUAAUGAAACAACACCGGUAGACGACACCGGCUGAAGUUGUGUGAGGACUAAUUUUGACGUCCACAAGCGGGGCAGUUGGUGGGGAUGGGAAAUGAUGGAGGACAAAGGCCCUCGUGUAGCCGACUACUUUGUGGUGGCCGGUCUGACGGACCCGUCCAAGCCGUUGGACCAGGAGAUCCACUUUGAUGAUGUCUGCCACAAGACGGCCAAGCCCAAGGCACCCAUCACCGAUGUGGCGGUGGUGGUCCGCUCGAUGGGCGAGGAGGUGCCGCAAGGGUUCACUUGCAUAGAGGAAACACCAACUGGCCAUUCAGCUGAUCUUAACAAUGGCGGCCUCAUGGCGCCCCAGAUCUACCUGUGCUACAGACGGGGUCGAGACAAGCCGCCACUCACUGACCUAGGCGUGCUGUAUGAGUGGAAGGAGCGACUGAAGCAGGGCUGCCACCUCAUCCAGACCACACCCUCCGGUCGUCCAGCCAACAUCAGUGGCAAUUCCUCCCAGCGGAUCUAUGUCACCUACCGCCGGGCGCCUGAGAGCCAGCCGCACACCGCUCUGGCCGUCACCGACAUCUGCAUCAUCAUCCCAAGCAAGGGGGAGACGCCCCCACACACCUUCUGCAAGGUGGAGAAGAAUCUCAACAGCAGCAUGUGGGGCUCCUCUGUCUACCUGUGUUAUAAGAAGUCUGUGGCCAAAACCAACACAAUAGCCUACAAAGCAGGUUUAUUCAGCAGAUAUCCAGAGGAGGACUAUGAGUCAUUCCCUCUACCAGAGUCUGUCCCUCUCUUCUGCCUUCCCAUGGGGGCCACAAUCGAAUGCUGGCCAGCUAACACCAAAUACUCCCUCCCUGUUUUUUCCACCUUUGUCCUCACCGGAGCAUCUGGAGAGAAGGUGUACGGUGCUGCCAUACAGUUCUAUGAGACCUAUCCGCAGGAGUGUCUGACUGAUCAGCAGCUCUCCCAGCUGGGUCUCCUGAGCCCGGAUCCACACAAACCCUCCUCCUCCAACACUACGCUGACAGCCACCAGCAGCACCACUAACAGCACCACAACCCCACGCUCUGUCUACACCAACAAGUGUAUCUGCCUGCUUUCCCACUGGCCCUUCUUUGACGCUUUCCGCAAGUUCCUCACAUUCCUCUAUCGCUACUCCAUCUCCGGCCCUCAUGCCCUGCCCAUAGAGAAGCACAUCUGUCAUUUUAUGCACAAAGUUCCCUUCCCUUCCUCCCAGAGGCCUCGCAUCCUGGUGCAGCUUUCCCCUCAUGACAGCUUGAUGUUGAGCCAGCCAGUGUCUUCUCCUUUACCGCUCAGUGGUGGUCGAUUUUCCACGCUGCUCCAAAACCUUGGACCAGAGAACGCCGUCACCUUGCUGGUGUUUGCUGUCACUGAACAUAAGAUCCUGGUUCACUCAUUACGACCCGCCGUACUGACCAGCGUCACUGAAGCUCUGGUGUCUAUGAUUUUCCCGUUCCACUGGCCGUGCCCUUAUAUUCCUCUGUGCCCCCUGGCGUUGGCUGACGUGUUGAGCGCCCCCUGUCCGUUCAUUGUUGGUGUGGACUCCCGCUACUUUGAUCUUUAUGACCCCCCACCAGACGUGAGCUGCGUGGACCUGGACACAAACACCAUCUUCCACAAUGAAGAUAAGCGAGCCCUCACGUGGAAGAUCCUGCCAAAGAAAGCCUGUAAAAACCUAAUGAAUGUGCUGAGCAAUCUCUACCAGCAGCUUGUGGAUGGUCAGUGCCGUCCUGACGGGCUGCUGGAGCUGAGCAUGAGCGAUUCAUCAGAGCUGAGCUGUGGGAAGAGCCUCCACAUGCUGGAGCUGGAGAUCCAGGAAGCCUUCCUGCGCUUCAUGGCAGCCAUUUUGAAAGGCUACCGGUCAUUCUUACGACCUAUCACCCAGGCACCCUCUGAGAAAGCCACCGACGCUAGCUCCCUUUUUGACUUGCAAGGGUUCUUGAAGAGCCGCGACCGCUCACACCAGAAGUUCUACUCGCUGAUGACCAAAACCCAGAUGUUUAUCCGCUUUAUUGAGGAAUGCUCCUUUGUCAGCGACAAAGACGCCAGUCUGGCCUUCUUCGACGACUGUGUUGACAAAGUGGACAGUGACAGGCCGGAGGAGACCAGGCUGAUAGAGAUUGAUGAAUCCCAGCGCAGUGAGCACACAGUCUUUAUCACACCUCCAGAGCUGCCUCCUCUGCCUGAGGGGGAGGAAUAUCCACUAUGCUACAGGUAUGAUGGUUUCCCAGUGUUAAGUCUUGACCUGUUUGACCCUGUGGAGGGCCUGCGGACCACCUCCUCCCGCCUCGCUGCCAAGCACAGCUGUCCCACCAGCCCUGCCCCCAUGUUUAGACGCACCAAGCAGGAGAUCAAAUCAGCCCAGAAGAUAGCCAAGAAGUACUCGUCUAUCCCCCAACUGUGGUCCAAGUGCCUGCUCCGUCACUGCUAUGGCCUGUGGUUCAUCUGUCUGCCAGCAUACGUGAAGGUGUGCCACUCAAAGGUGCGGGCACUUCGCACCGCCUACGAUGUCCUCAGGAAGAUGCAGGCAAAGAAAUUGCAGCCCCCUGACGAGGUUUGCUACCGGGUGCUGAUGCAGCUGUGUGGACAAUAUGGCCAACCUGUCCUGGCUGUCAGGGUCCUCUUUGAGAUGAAGAAGGCUGGAGUUCACCCCAAUGCCAUCACUUACGGCUACUACAACAAGGCGGUUUUGGAGAGCACGUGGCCCUCCAGCACCAGAGGAGGAUACUUCCUGUGGAUGAAGCUGAGAAAUGUCGUCGUGGGCGUGGCGCAGUUCAAACAGGCGCUGCGACGACACGCUCCCCUCACCCAGAGCCCUCUGUCAGAUGGCAGCGACCUGGACGCUGUGAGUCACUGCAGCCUGGAUAGCUCUGCCGACACUAACCUGGCCGAGCAGGGCCCCUACGCCACUGACUCCGUCAAAGUAGACCCCACUGAUGAUAGAUCUAGCACAGGGGAUCAAUCAGACUUGGGUUAUAACUCACUGUCCAAAGAGGAGGUUCGAAGAGGAGACCCCAGUGCCCCGGACUCAGCCCCCGACAAAGAUGACAAGAAGGAGAGCGACUGCAGCUCCUUGUCAGAGACGGAGAGCGCCAAGGGAAGUAAAGAUUGCCUCCCUCAGCUGGACAUGGAGGUCCAUUCCUCCUUCAAAUCCCGUGGCAUUGUUCGCAGCAGCUGUCCAUACGACGAUUCAUCCUGUAAACCCAAAGGCUCUGCCAGUGCAGGCCAUGUUUCAGGUCUCCUCUUCACUUCCUCACUGGAUGAGAUCGGUGAGGUCCAGGCCAACAGUUUGCUCAGGAGACAUAAGAGUGCUUUGGAGGAGACGGUAGGCAGCGCCAGAAACGGCUCAGCUCUUGACUGGCUGGGCGUGAGGGACCGCCAACUUAGCAGCGACACCGUGGGCAGCAGCGGCAGUGGCACCACUGUCCUCGGCCUGGGCAUGAGCCAAGGUGAAACCGACCCAGAUAAGAUCGCAGGACACUUGGGCGCAGACGUCAAAAUUCUCUCCGCUGCCAACUUGGGUAAAAAUAAGAGGCCUCAAUCACUGCCACUGGGUGCGUUAGAGGGGCCGGCUGCAAAGGCUGGUGCUGCCAGGAGUCGUGAUCACAGGGAGGAGGAAGAGGAGGGACAAGACUCUAGUGAUGAGGACAGAAGUAAUACAGAGGCCAUUUUUGACUUGGAAGAUCUGGAUUUAGACAAGCCUGCCACAGGGGCUGGAAUCAGCUCUCACAAAACCAACAAAUCUCACAAGAAACCUGUCGAACGCAGCGCCAGCUACAGUGGCAUGAGCACGGAGACAUCCAGAGGAGCUGUCAAGCGCACAGGCAUUGAGACCGGCUACGACCCUCUAUCCCUGCUGGCAGCAGAGUCACAGUCUGAGCAGGAAAAUGAGGAUCAGUACCCAGAGGGGGACGACACCAGCACGCAGAGUGCCCGUAGGCACCUGGCCAGGGAGAUUGAGCUCUACAUGAACCACCUGGGUAGCCCUUUGAGCAGCCGUACACCCAGUCUGGACCUGCAGGACCCUGCUAGCCCCCUCCUUCUCUACCCCUCCUCACUCUCUAUCCCCCGCAGAGCCAGCCUUCCCCACAGCUCCCCCCUCAGGACUGCUGGAGUACCCCGCUCCCGCACCUUCCACCCACCCUCGCCCUCCCAACCCAUCUCACGACAACGUCUGUGCUCGUCGCCUGCCUGUCGCAGCUCUAGCACAACCCCCAGCCCCAGCCCCCGACCCAGCCCGUACAGGGAGAGGACAGACAGGAUGAGCCUGGCGUCCCCUUCACCCUCCUCCUCUUCCUUUGCUCUGGACACUCUGCUCACGCCAACGCUUGAUGUAUUCAAGACCAGUGUAUUCUCUGCUGGGAAGGGCGUGGCAGAGAAGGCGAGCCGCUGGUAUUCCCGUCUUGCCACAUACACCACACCUACCAAGGAUGGGCUCAGUGACCGUCUAAGUGUGUCCUCCCUCGGUGUUGGAGAUCCAGACUGCUCCUCCCUGCUGGAUGAAGAGGACUGCGGGGAGUCAGGGAGCUCUGUGGUCUCUCCACAGAGGAAUGGCCCUGCAGGGCCCCGCAGGAGCCCCAGGCGCAGUCCCCUCCGCAGCAGACUGGACAGCCCCACUGCAGGCUCCAGCCUUGGGGGGCCCACAUCUCUGCUUCCUGACAAGUCGGACCUCGGCUCUUCGCGCUACACCAGCAACACCAGCAUCUUCAACAACUACGCCAUGGAGCUGCUGAUCUCCAGCUGUUCUCGCUGUAAGACGUGUGACUGCCUGGUGUACGAUGAGGAGAUCAUGGCUGGCUGGACGGCAGACGACUCCAACCUGAACACCACCUGCCCCUUCUGUGGAAACCCCUUCCUGCCCUUCCUCAACGUGGAGAUCAGGGACAUGCGAGGACCCGGCAGGCUUUUCCUGAAGGGCAGCCCGUCGGUGGAUGAGGCAAUGACCUCAUCCUACUCGGCCUCCACAGGUUUGGACACGGGGACGUCCACCUUGUCCACCCCCUGUCCUACAACAGCUGUAUUCCCCCCCUCCCCUGUGAUUGCUGUCCAGGAGUGCUCUGGGAGUGGAAGGACUCGAGCGGCCAGGGCUCAAGGUAUCGACAUUCCCACAGACCGCCGGCAGGGGGCGCUGUCCCCCGGAGCGCACAUGGCUCGCAGCGUCAGCGCCUUUGUUCCUCUGGACGAAGCGUCCCGACUCAACCGCUGUGUGCCGACGUCAGGCAGCCUGCCCAGCCGUCUCAACGAAACUGCAGACCCACUGAGCAUGGAGUGGCGGCUCCACAACCCAGAGCCGGUGACUGUUCCCUACCUGAGCCCGCUGGUGCUGUGGAAGGAGCUGGAGAGUCUGCUGGAGAACGAGGGCGACCCGGUGAUCACAGAGGCCGACAUGGUGGACCAUCAUCCCAUCAUCUACUGGAACCUGGUCUGGUACUUCAGACGGUUGGACCUGCCCAGCAACCUGCCCGGCCUCAUCCUCACCUCUGAGCACUGCAACAGAGACUCACAGGUUCCUCGUCACUGGAUGUCGGAGGACAGUAAACACGUGUUGAUCCAGAUCUUGUGGGACAACCUCAAGCUGCACCAGGACCAAAUCCAGCCUCUGUACAUCCUCUGGAACACGUACAAUGUGGGUUACCCUCUGUCCCGGCCGGUGUCUGAGGAGGAGAAGCCGUUCAGCGAGGAGUUACUGCAGAGUGUGGUGAAGAGCAUCCAGAGGAACGACGUGGGCCGGCCGAUGGCUCAGCUGCUGCAGCUGCUGGGCCAGACGCUCGGGGUCAAACGGCAAAGGAGUUUGUACCGGGACAUCCUCUUUCUCUCCCUAGUGGCUCUGGGAAAAGACAACAUUGAUAUUGACGCCUUCGAUCGUGAGUACAAGUUGGCGUAUGAUCGCCUCGUGCCGAGCCUGGUGAAGCUGACCCAUAACUGUGACCGUCCUCCCAGCACGGGGGUCAUGGAGUGCCGCAGGACGUUUGGAGAGCCUUACCUGUGAACACUCACCUUCACACACCUGGAUUAACUGUCACCGCCCACGUCAUUGCUUUAAGGCGAGCUCAGGAAACCUGUUUUGGAAGACUGUGAUUGUGCACUUUGGUAACGUUAAGUGAUCAAAAAGGUACAAGUGUCAGCGUUAUGUAGCUCGAAACAACAACAAAAUGUUUUACAGACUUCAUCUCAACUAACUGACGAUGGAAACUCACUCACACGUUCAUAAAAAGUGACGCUCACCUGGUUUCUUUGGAAAUCUUGUGAAAAUUAUACAAAUGUUCUGUAAAUACACAGCAGUAGAGGAUCUUUUUUUAAAUGCAACAUUUAUAUUGUAUAGUCACAAAGCAUAUGAAGUGAAUAAUAUUAGCGAUAUUUUAACUUGAACUCUAUUUAUACAAAGUAAGCUUUAUUUAUUGUAGUCUUUUUUUCUGUUUAUUUUUUUUUUUUUUAUUCUGGCCGGGCGUAGUGUUUUAUGGUGUCCUGUGGUCGUCGUCUCGCGGUUUAAACCGGAGUGAACCUGGAUUUAGUGUCAGUUGUUAAGUGGUGAUAAGGUUUCUGUGCUUUAAAUUAGAGCUUCAAUGAUCAGCCAAUCCACAGAAAAUUAAUCAACCACUAGUUUGAUAAUUGAUUAAUGGUUUAAAUCAUUAUUCAAGCAAGUGUGAAACGCACGCUUCUCAAAAGGGGGGGUUUCUGUAAAUGACAGUAAAUUAUCACAGUGGGAAAUUAUGAACAAAAUGAUUAAUCAACAAAUCGCCAAACUAAUCAGCAGAUUAACCAGUAAUGUAGUUACUUGCAGCCCUAAUUUAAAUGUUUAAAACCACUUUUUUAAAGCUGCCUUUAAUGCUAGUCCUGCAUCUGAAAUGUCCGCUGUGCUGCCAGUAGUGCUCUACAUUUCAUUUCACUGUAAACGUUUGUUCUAAUACCGUAUAUUUUUGGUUUGUCUACAAAAACAUUCUUUGAACUUAGUUUUCUUCACCAGUGGAGCGCUGCGCUGUUUGUUAACGAAGCACAUCUCAGUGUUCCUGUUCUCAUCGUCUUCGUACUAAACUUGUUGUCUAUUUGGAUGAAGGGAGGCUGGUUGAGAGACACACCCGCCUACCUGUGAUCGUCAGGUGUCGUUUACAUGAAUUGCUAUGUUUUUUACCCAAGUUGAGUGAUGAAUUUAAGCUCACUACAGUACGAAUGGUUUGUCCUAAAUAUACGGAAGCUGCUCUGAAAAAAACCAAAACCAAAUAACUUUUCUGUUCAUGGUCACUGUCAACGCUGAUAAAGACGCACCUGGUGAUCUUUUGGCAGCCAUAUUGGAGGUUUACAGUUCUUAAAGUAAGAUUGUGGUAUGUUGCAACUUGGAUUUAAUUUUUUUAGUUUUUGCCUCUUUUCUGUUUUACUCCCCAAAAACAAUCCCUCUUUACACAACUGUGUUUGUGCUUUAGUUUUACAUCUGUGGUACAAACUGUUAAACCGGCUUCUGGUUCCACAACACUAUAUGUGAAUGUUAAUGCAGCCACGCGUACGGCCUGCGACAGUAUUGAAUGACAUUAAUUUCAGAACCGUUCUGUUGCGCUGGGUUCAGACUACACGAUCUGUCUGUUACGAUGAUUACUGUGCCAGAUUAGGCGAUUAGAGUCAUAAUCAGAUCAAUCGUAGUUUGCCCUCUUUUUAUGGCGUGAUGUCUGUGGGAAAAUUAUCUUGCUCUACUGACCUAAUGACUUGUGAAUAUUCAGAUUUUUAAGAGCCACUCAAUGGAUUUGUUUUUUUGUUUGUUUAGCUGGUAAAUAACAAAAGUCUUCCAGCCACGUUCAUAUUUUACCAGAAUUCGGCUGGUGCCUGGUGCUAAUCUUGCCCUGUGUGUUGUCUUUUGUUCAUAAAAGCCUAAAAGAAAAAACAAAACUCACCAUUAAACUUCAUUCCUCUUUCGGUCCGCCAUGUUUAAACAAUGCUCUGUGCUCCUAUUGGUCAACAAACAUGUGGAAUUUGCAGUGGAAGGCAACAACAACAAAAAAAAAAAGGUCAAUGCAUCAUCUGUCGUUGCCCACCGUGGUACAAUAAAAAAAACAAUCUGUGGUCGAGCUCUUACCGUGCAGUCUGAACACAGUGUUAGUGUGUUUCCAUAUCAGUUGAAGGGUGCAAACUCUCUUGCUCUCUUGAGUCUUGCUCCUGAAGGUGGCUUCUGUGGUUUUAUGAUUGUGUAAAACGCCCAGGGUGCAGCAGAGACACCACAGCUUUGUUUUUAUAGAUAUCCCCCAAGGAAAUGCUAACGAUGCAGUAACAGAUGGUAGGAUAGCGGUGAACUUGGUUCUGGAGGUAGAGCGUGUUGACGACUAAUCAGAAGGUUGGCGGUUCGAUCUCUGGCUCCUCCAGUCUGCAUGUCAGGUGUCCUUGGGUAAGAUACUGAAACCCAAAUUGCACCUGUCGGCCAUCAGUGUAUGAACGUGUGUGCGAUUGAUUGGGUGAAUGUGACACGUAUGUGAGCUAUUUAGGAGGGCGCUAUACAAGUACAGUAAGCUCAUGUUAAACUGUUUUUCAUCAGUACAAACAUUUUGAUCGAAACAUGAUGCCGUCCCCACGCAGAUAAUCCUCUACUCUCAUGCAGAACAAAUGCAGAAAUGGCAAAACUGAAACCAUAUCAAUGACCAGAUUGUGAUUUUGCACAAACCAUUUUAAAGCUGUUUUGUCUCUGCAGUGACUGAACACACGCAGUUCAUAUUCUGUGUUGGUGUGAGGGGAGGGACAUCUGUUGAUGUAUGAACUGUUUAACAUGCACACGUGUUUGUAAAAGUACAGAAAGUAAAUGAAGGCUUUAAUAUUGAAAAUGCAAAACAAAGGACACACAGAGAUCUCAUCAUGUUUGUAAAUGUGUGCGAAGUAAAUCCUGGCAAGUCUACUUCUGCGUAUUCUAAGCUAAAGGUCUGUUUAGGUUUUGAAGACUGUAUGACCAAAUAAAUUCUGGAUAGAACUGGAUUUUGGCCGUCACCACGCAUUGCUUAUUAUUUCCACAUGUAUGUUAAAAGAGAUGACCGACAGACCGACACGAUGGUUGAAGGAGGACUCUCGACGGUCUCAUGAACGUCGACCAUGUGUGUGAUUUGCGGCAGAGGAAAUAAAUACUGGAAAAAGUUGCACUUAAAAGUGAAGUGACUGCUUUCGGCUUGAAAAUGUCGUCGAGCCGGCAGGUUCAGGAGAGGACGCGUCGACUUCGAUGUCAGCAGCUGGAAAAAGCUGCCAUUCAUCUGUGGGUUUUUUGUUGGGUUAAAAAAAACAAAACUGUACAAAUAAAUGAUUUUGCAGAAUCUGGGGCCAUGUACAUUUUAACUCGCCCUUUGUAGAAAUCACAUUUUAUAACAGUUUAUUCACAGCAACCAGAUCUACAGGAUUGUUGAACUGUAAAUAAAAUCACUUACAUGCUU